CUCGCUGGAUUUGAAACUGUCCGAACAAUUUUAUGGACAUUAAUCUGUAUCGCAAGUGAACCAGAAAUCGAGAAACGUAUUCAUGAUGAAUUGAUUAACGUUUUUGGUGAUGACCAGGAAAACGAGUGGACCUUUGAUUUGGAUAAAUUAAAUCAACUUAAUUACCUUGAUUGUUGUAUUCGUGAAGGCCUAAGGCUUUUUUCACCAUUGAUAAUAUUUGGUAGAAACACUGGAGUUGAUUCAUUUCAAUUAGACGAAGUUAAUUGUCUACCACCAUCAACUGAAUACUUAGUUUCAGUUUAUUCAGUUCAUCGGAAUGAAAAAGUUUAUCCUCAACCAGAAAAAUUUAACCCUGACCGUUGGUCAUCUGAAAAUAUUCAAUCAAUUCCAACUAAUUGUUACCUUCCCUUUGGGAUUGGACCUCGAACCUGCAUUGGCUAUAGACUCGCAUUGAUUGAGAUGAAAAUUGUGAUUACCUUAAUUGUUAAACAAUUUAGAUUACAAGUUAAUCAACAUUACAGUUCAAUUGAUUGGAUUUUUCCAUUAACAUUGAAACCAGUUAAACCUUGUACAUUUAAAUUGUCAUCAAGAUUUUAAAUUAAACCUUAAAAUACAAUAAAAACAAUUUAAUUCAACCAUGAUUGUUUGCAAUUAAGCUUAACAUCAUUUACCUUUGAUUAUCAAUCAAGAUUUCCCAAUCUCUCAAUUUAAAACAAUUUAUACACAAUUUACAUUGUAGUUUGUAUCAUUAUUGAAAAAAGAGACAAACAAUUAAAAUUUAAUCAU